GGUCCGCCCCGCGCUUCCCCGGGCGCCGCCGCAGGAGCAGCCGCGCCGGCACCGCGCAGCUCCGCGCCGCAGGUGAACCGACUCAUCUACCCUAGCCUUUUGGAGGAUGUUUGACUGACAGCCUGAUUAGACCACAUCAUGGAGAAGACAGAUGCAAAUGACCAGCCGCCUAAAUCCAACGGGGACAAAGAACAGCCCCGAAGCCUGCCCUACUCUGUUGAAACACCCUAUGGCUUUCACUUAGACCUAGACUUUCUGAAGUAUGUGGAUGACAUUGAGAAAGGAAAUACCAUCAGAAGGGUUCACAUCCACCGGAAAGCCAAACAGCCAAAAUUCAGCACACUACCUCGAAAUUUCAGUCUGCCAGAGAGUGGGUCCCGUGCAUAUGCCUCCACUCCCAGCAAAAGCUGGACUGCAACCUACUCAUUUGCACAGCGGAAGGCAUCGUUAGGGGCAGAAGAAACUCCCCGUCUCCUGGUACCCAGUGAACUGCCUCCAUCUGCAGCUGCUGUAGAGGAGCCAAGUUACCGAAGAAAAGCUCUUUUAGGCGAGACAAUGAGGCAAGCUGAGCUCGCGCAGCCGGAAGAGGAGCAGGCCAGCCAUCGGGGGAGGCCCCAGCUGCUUCGGGCCUCCAGCAUGCCAGCAACGCUCCCGCCCGGCCAAAGCGUGGAGGAGGAGAGUCAGGUGCCUUCUCCACUCUUGGCACCUUCUCAGCCCUCUGAUGACAAGGGUUACUCAGAAAGUCCCUUUAGGCCUGUGAAGGAGGCGCUGCUUUCACCCUUCUCUGACAGCUUCACAUCAAAUCCCCCCCAACAGACACAACUGGAGCAACAAGCAGUGGCACAAAAGAAAGAGCAGUCCGGGCAGCAGCAGGUUAAAGUUGCUGCUGUGCUGGAGCACCAGCCAGGAGACCUCCCAAAGAUACCAUCUCCAUGGCAAAACCAGCACCCCACAAUGCAGCAGCUGCAGGUGGUUUUGGAGAGCGGGGGAGAGGAAUGUGAUGCAUCAGGAAUACACAGCUGGUCUGAAUUAGCCAAGGAUGGAUCUGCAUUGGCCAGUGCCCUCCAGCUUGCUGGUGAAAACAAGAACCAUGAGAAAAGGGAAUUAAGUAUAAGUGAAAUCACACCAGAUGCACUGAAGAAAGCUGAAGACAGAAGUAUUUGGGCUAGAGAGAACAAGGAAAAUUGGAGCCCUCAGCCUUUGCUUUGUGAUACAGUUGAGGCCAGCAGGAUCACAGCACUGAAACAGCAGAUUGCUAUUCUGGAGGAGCAGCUAAGCAGCAAAAAAGACGAACUUGAACAGAUCAGAGUAGUGCUGAAGCAGCAAGAUAAUGAGAUCAAGGAAAAGGAGAAAAGUAUCAAGUUACUAGCAAGCUCCAAGGCUCAGUUGGAAGAGAAACUGCGCUUGGAAAAUACCAGAGAAACCAGACCACUAGCCAAGCAGGGCGGCGGCACUUUGCAAUACUAUGAUGCUGCAGUGAACACUGAACUCACGCAGACAAACAGGUCCAAGCAAGGCCACGACAAAGGCGUCAAUGUAAACAUGCCAGUCCCUGCGCAGUCUGUAGGCUGCAGUGUUCACAGAGCAGACAACAUGAACUCGCAGGCUAAGGAGUUAAGCAGUAAGUUGGCUCGGAGCGAUCAGGGACUGGCAGAUGUUCAUGCUGGUGUCACUGGAGAGGGACCAGAGCAUUUUGCCAAACAUGCAGAGGCUGAAGCAGAUAUUGAGCCUGCCCUUCAUACACCUUGCCUCACUGAAUUGAAGAUUGAUGAACAUCUCGGUGAUGACAAUCAAAAUAAAAAAAAUAACUCUGAUACUCAGAGUCUUGCUACUCAUGCAAUGACUGCAGCAAGCUACCAAGGAACAAAAAUUGACUCAAGCACAGGUGAAAGCAAGCCAGUCUGUAGGGAGGAUACAAAGCAAGAUGUGAAAGAAGAGGAAGGUCGCCCUAACCAAGAAGAUUUCUCUGCUGUAGACCCCAUUGGCCAAUACGUUAAAAAAAUCCAGGAGCUCUUGCAAGAGCAGUGGAUGUGUUUGGAGCACGGCUAUCCGGAGUUAGCAAGUGCUAUUAAACAGCCUGCCUCAAAGCUCAGCUCCAUUCAGAACCAAUUAGUUAAUUCCUUAAACUCAUUGUUAUCUGCCUACUCUACACAAGGGCCAGCAGAUAAGGAGAAUUCAAACACACAGUAUCAACAGUUAGAAAUCUCUCCAACCACAAGUCUUAAAUCUAUCAUGAAAAAGAAAGGUUAUGGUUUCCAUGCAGGAGGCAAUGGGACCAAAAAGAAUCUUCAGUUUGUUGGGGUAAAUGGUGGUUAUGAAACAACCUCAAGUGAAGACACAAGUUGUGAAGACAGCCCAUCAGAAGGGGAUUCGGAUAGUGAGACAGAGAGAAAAUCGGGUGGUUCAGAGCACAGCCAGCCAACAGCUGCGAGCGAGAGCGAUCUUGCUGCCUCGGGGCCCUCCCUGCAUGAGGUCUGCGAGGACGACAGGCUGCAGGAGCCAGCAGCAACAGUGAUGGCCAGCACUCAACAUGGGACUGAAAGAUGCAAACCCUCUGAAGAUUUCCUUACUGACUGCCAACUGCUCAGCAAACACCUCUCAGAAACAAGGACCCCAAGCAACAAGCAUCUGGGCCAUGUCCCAGCCGACAUCUCCCAGGAGUGGUUCCGUGUGUCAAGCCGGAAAUCCUCUAGCUCUGAGGCUGUGGCAGCCUAUCUCAAAGCCUUCGAGGUGGCCUGUCCACAGCUCUUGGAGGCAGUUGUGAACCUGGCCGACGGGAACGGGAACACCGUGCUCCACUACAGCAUCUCCCACUCCAACUUCCCUGUUGCAAAGCUACUGCUAGACACAGGGGUGUGUGACGUGGACCGCCCCAACAGAGCCGGGUACACUGCUGUGAUGAUCACACCACUGGCCUCUGCUGAGACCCGCGAGGACAUGGAGGUGGUGAUGAAGCUGCUGAAGGCUGGAAACGUGAACGUACGAGCGAGCCAGGGUGGCCAGACAGCCCUGAUGCUCGCUGUCAGCCACGACCGGGAGGACAUGGUGAAAGCCUUGCUGUCCUGCCGGGCCGAUGUCAACCUGCCGGACGAACAGGGGACUACGGCGCUGAUGGUGGCCUGCCAGCAAGGCAAUGCCGACAUCGUGAGGCUCCUCCUGGCCCAGCCCGGCUGCGACGUCACCCGGACGGAUAAGGAUGGUAAUUCGGCACUGUCGCUGGCGCAGCAGUCAGCCCAGGUGGAAAUCGCAGCGCUCCUGCAAGCCCAUGCGGAGCAGAGCCAGGCCGCCCCCGAGUGACAGAACUGGAAAGAAGGCUGUGCCAGCGGAGGGAAUGGGUGACAAAAAACUAAUUCUUCUAACAACAGCCGCGCUCCCAGGUGAAACGGCAGCACCUGCGGCCAGUAUCACCGGGUCCAGCCUCACAGGAGGAGCGAACUUUGUUGGUUAUUUGCAUACAGCCCUAGUGUAUUAUUUGCUGCAUUAAGCCCGCUUAUAUAGCCUUAAUCUAUGCAUAGUGCCAUAAAUGACUUGAAUACUGUUUCAGAGAGUCAGAUUACUGGAUUGCCUUUUAUUAACAGUCAGUCCUGAAGUUAACUCUGAGCUCUGCUACACACUCAUCCCAGCAUAGGUUUGGCAGGUGAGUGAACAAAACAAAAAAGUACAUUAGAAAAGCAAUACUUAUUUUUCGUAACCUUAGAUUAUGGCAUCCUUUUAAAUCAACUAUUUAACUGUAUCUCAUUUAACUUGCAAGUUUGUGUCCUCAUAUUUAUUAUUAGACUUUCUGUAUGUAAUAGCAGACAGUGAUUAUUCAGUAUAUGUAACAACAAAUACAAGCUGGAUGGAUUAUGUAAAGUAUAAAAAAAUCCUAUUUAUGUUUGCUUAUGUGGGGCUGAUGUAAGAAUUAAAAAUUAAUACUCUGGGAAAAUAUUUGACUGUACCAGAUCCAAACAAACAGACCUUGUUUUGCCUGUACUCCAAACUGCCAUAUGGCUCUUAUCUUUCUUAAUUAUGCUCGAGUUACUGGGAAACGUAGUCUGCGGACAUGCCCUGCACAUGUGAUGCUCAGGCACAACGUGAUGUAUUGAGUGAGUAUCUCAACCACAGCAUGGGAAACAAGGAGCCCAACCGAUGGCGUCUCCAGGAUGUGUCCAUAUUGUCCAGGAGGUUCACGGAGAGACUUUUCUGCAGGCUCGCUGCCCCAUGGGUGUCAGACCAGCACUGUUGGCACGUGAGGCAGAUGGUUUGUUUUUUUUCCUUAAAUUCCCGUCUCCCGCAGGCAGUAGGGAGAGCUCAGUGUUUGUUCUCCCAGCCAUCAUCAGACUCCUGUUACUCUUUAUAUAUUGCAAAAAUUGCCAAUUACAUGUGUUUUAUUGUGUUAGUACCUAUUGGAUGCUCUCCACAGGUUUUCAUAGGCAUGGAUUAGUUCCUUAGUUCCUUGUGCCGUCAAGAUGGUGUGUGGUAUGACACAAUAAAAAUGGAUUUAGUUGACAUUUCUGAAAGCAGAUCUCACUCGUUAGGUAGUUGGGGUUUUUUUUGUUUGUUUGUUUGUUUUUAAUAUUUUUAAACAAAGCAGGAAAUUAAUCCUGGACUCUCUUUCUGGUUGUUUACAAGUCAACUUACAUGAUAUGAUUAAAUCUUUUGCACUGCCUUUUCCUCUUCCCUCAUAUUUGCAAUAGAGGGCAAAGCUGUUUGUUUCCAAGCGCAGCAGCCUCGUCUCACUGUCCUAGAGCAGGACAGAGGAGAUCCUGCUCUGUGGUUUUGCCUCAGCUGUGUUUGACCAAAAUCUAGUGUCUGGUUCAAUUUUCAUAAUUUUCUUCAUGUUUGUAGUCAGAAGUGAUAACCAACUGAAGCAUCCAUCUUGUUUUUUUUUAACUCAUUCCCCAAGUGGCGUUAUGUUCUUUUAUGCAUAAAUAAAUAAGAAUUAAACUUUUCUCUGUAUUAUUUCACUUAUGCCUGCUCUGGACUGAGGCGCUUCCCCUGGGGGGGGACUUGGGGAAGGCACCUCCCUGUUUUGCCUUACACCACACCAGGCUGGGGCACCCGGUCACCAUCCCCACAUGGCCUCGCAGCUGGGCCUUGCUCAUCUUUCAGGACAGAAAAGGUGUUUGUGCGGACACCUACCUCCUGGAGCAAGCUCUGGAUUUGUGUCCAAGGUGCCUAGUCGUGAGACACUGAUGGCUCUUUGUAAAAGCUGGUCAGAGAGACUAUGUUCCUGCACCCCAGACUGUCAGCAAAAAUAGCAGGAUUACCAUUUUGUGACAAUUUUCACAUGUUUUUUUUCUUUUUUCCAAACAGCUCAUGAGCCAGGCUUGCAAAGAGCAAUUGAACUCCAGCUGCUGGAAGAAGGUGAACAUUUGGAUUUUGCUGCAGAUGUUACAUGCAUGUGAGAUUUUCUGCGGAGGAGCAGGGUUGCUGAGGGAAGAGGGAGCCUCCUCUCGCCCCAAGGACCGCUGCGCACACUGACCUUCGCACAAUCCUGGGACCGGCCUUGUUAUUUCAGGUCUGCAACUUUGCAAACAAGGGGGGAACGUUCUGCCCUCCUGG